AUUCAAUCAAAUCUGAAAUGAUUCAACUAUUUCGGGAAUCCUAAUUUAUAAAUAUAAGACCUUUGCAUAGCUUGCUGAAUAAAUUUAAAGAUUUUUAAGUGUUUACCUAUGUAAUUACGUGGAAAUUAAUGUGCGUGAUAUUCUUUUGGUGUGUUACUGUAAAAUUUUUUGUUUAGAUAACAUUGCUUUUAUUUUUCCAUUUACGGCUUUAACCUUGUGCAUAUGAUGUUUGUAAAUUUUCUAUGCUAGAGGCUUUACUAAUUUACCAGAUAUGAAAAAUAAUUUAUAUGAGAUUCGGAAGACGAUGUCAUCGCAAGCAGUCCUAAACCUAUAGGAUUUUAAAACAGAUUGCAAAGCUAUUUAGUACCAUGUCAGGUACAGAGCAAAAUAUAUUGACCUCAAUGCAACAUUUGUCUAUCCAAUCUAGUAACAGUGGUCCAUCUGAGAAACCAACUCAAGUGGUCACACCUGCUGUUAAUAGAAACCAGGUGUCAUCAAAGAUUUCCCAAGUUAAAGGUACAGUUUCUCCUGCAAUUGCUACCAUUGAUCGAUUACUAAGUUUAGGUACACCAGCGCCACCUCCUCCACCUGUCAUACAUAGAUCUUCAGAUAUGGACCCACAUACUGUUGAACAGUUGCGAGCUGUUAAAGAGAUGCUUACAGCUCAGGAAGAAGAAGCUCACAAUCUAAGAGAAAUUAAUCGUGAACUGAGAGACCGAUUGGAGGAAUGUGAAACAAAAAUUAAAAAAUUAGUAGAACAAAAUGAGGAAUAUGCAGAUAAAGAAAAGACAUUGUCACAGCGAGUUUCAGAAAAAGUUAGAAAUAAUAAACAAAUGAGUGUUGUAAUGGAGGAAUACGAAAGAACUAUCUCAUCACUUAUUGGUGAAAGAGAAUCCGAGGCUAAAAGAUGGGCAGAAGAGAGAGUUACAUUGCUGAGGGAACGUGAUGAAGCUGCUGCACACUUGGCAUCUAUGGAACAUGCAUUCAAUGAUGUUCAUACUAAAUAUGAGAGAUGUAAGGUUAUUAUUCAAGGUUAUAAGGGUAAUGAAGAAACACUAAAAAGAACUGUUGAGGAUAAUACUGAUGCAAUACAAAAAUUGGAAGCUAGAUAUGAAACACUGCGCCAACAUGCAAUGCAGCAAUUAAACAAGGCAAAUGCAGAGCUGGAUUCUAUCAAGAAAUCUCAUCAGGCAGAAAUCCUCAAAUUAAAUGCAAUGUUGAAGAAAAGUGAAGUUCAUGCAUCUUCUUUGCAAGAAUCAUUGGCACAGAAAAUUAAAGAUAAUGAGGACCUUACAGCUAUAUGCGAUGAGCUCAUUAACAAGGUUGGGUAAGUUAAUUAUACUUAUGUAUCUUAUGUGCAACAAAUUCUUAAAUUUGUGUCUUAAGUUCAGAAACUCAUAACUGCUAUGAUUAACUAACCAGUAUAAAUAAUAUUUAUUUUACAUUAGAAUACCUAAUAGUCUUUAUUCUAAUGUAAACAUAGAGCCUAAGUUCUAAAUAAAUUGUAAUCUGUAUACGUUACACAUCUUUGAACUUAUUGUGUUACCAUUUCAAUUAAAAAUAUUGUGUUUAAUUGUAAAAGAUAAUUGUGCAAUUUUUAUGACAGUUUUUCAUUAAUUAGCUUAGUGUUUUAACAAUUUGUGACUUAUAUAUUUGUUAAUUUACUUUAUUGUUAGUAUUUGUUUUUGUAAUUGGUGCUUCUGACUUUCAAGAAGCCAUAUAUAAGAUGUUAUCAAUAAUCAUUUUACUGAAGUCCUUAAAGAUAAUAGGUGUAGAACCUCAACAUAUUCUGUAGUCUGAAAAUAAAAACCACAAACUAUUACAAAAAUAGAUGCCAUAAUUGAACAUGAAUAAUACUAAAUAUUAUAUUCACAGUUAAUUUAAAAUAAGAAUUUAAUGUAACAAUUCAGUUUUAUUAAUUUUUAUAACUUUAGAUUGUAUGAGAGGUAUUACUUUAAUAAUAUAGUUCAAUCAGGCUAUACAAUUUUUAUUGUUUCUUGAUCUAGUCGUAAUUAUUUGUAGCUUUGCUGUACUGCCUGGCUUGAGAUUUAAAAUUAAUAAUGUAGCUAUGGUAUGUGUUUCUUUAAAAUCAAGAUAAUCCUACAGCAAUGGUAUGCUAAAUAUCUAUUAUUUGUUAUGUUUAUGGCUGGAACUUCUUGCUCUUUGAGCACCCAUGAUUCAUACCAAAAAUAUAAAACAAGAUCUUUUAUAUUAAAUAUAAAUACUGUAUAUAUUUAUUGUGUUGUCUGUUUAGCAAUAUCCACGACUAAGUUUGUGUGCCUUUAAAGAUAAAAUACCUUCACCAUCCAAAAAGUCCAUGAAAAAACUGGGAUAUUUAAGAAUAAUAUAAGUUUUGCCACUAAAUAGUAAUUCUAAAUGUCGGAAAAAAUUGUUAACUUAGCUAUGUAUAUUUCAUAGAACUGUUGUCAAAGUAUUUCUCAGAUGCUGAUUUUUAAAUGUAGAAUGUCUGUUAAUACAGUUUUAUAAUAAUCCUGGUAUAUUGAAUCAUCAUAAUAAUCUCAUUAAUUCACCUUACUAAUUAUUUAAAUAAUGUAUCAUGUAAUGGCAACAUUCCAGAUUCUAUUUUUAUAGCUUUUUUGACUAAGCACACUCCUCAUUGAUUCAGACUGAAACUGUAUUUUUUUUUUAUUUAUUAAGUGAUUGGAUUUUUUUGAUUACUUAAGUAUAAUUUUGUACUUUCAUAAUUUACUGCAUAUUCAUGUGAAUAGAAUGAGGAAUAAAAUUCAUAUUUUGUA